CUAUAAUGAAAAAGAUAGUAGAUAGUCUCGGCGAGAGCCUCAGGAGGCCAGCAGACGACAGGGCUGUCAAUGUACUUGUCCCGAACUGCCGAGACUCUACCGAGUCUUGAUAUCUCGGAAGGUUAAGGGAUGUCAAUUGGCAUGGAAUCCUCACUCGCUUGUAACAUUCCAUAGUUUCCCUCUAAAGAAAGAAAAAUUAUUGGAGAAGUGGCUUCGUGUUAUACCAUCUAACACAAAAGUAUCAAAACAUUCAUGGAUUUGCAGCAACCAUUUUCCAUGGAGGUCUAUUUCGCUAGUUAAUGGAAGAACAUACCUGAAGAAAGAUUCUGUUCCCACAAUCUUUGAACACAAUGUUAUUCAACAAUCGAAAGAGAACAGCUAUCUAGGAGAAGCUAACAUUCAGUAUAUAACAACUGCAUCAUAAAGAACAAUUAGAAGAUAAAAGCUGUCCAAAAGCGGCUAGCAUUGAAUAUGAAACAUCUAUAAUGUAUGUACCAGAAUUGUUCGUGCAUCAUGAAGAAGCAAGUUGAAUGAAUUCUACCCGAUAAAAAUAGCACUUUUUCAGUCAUCUGUGUAAUCUUUUUCAUGUUUAUAAAAUUUCGAAAAAGGUUAUUCAUCAAUCAAACGAAGACAAGUAUUCAAAAAGAGAUAGCAUUGAGUAUGAAACAGCCAUAACGCGUGUACCAGGAUUGUUUCUUCAUCGGCAAGAGGCUGCACCAAAUAAAGAUGUUGCUGUACAAACGAUAUGGUAUCGUACACUUCCAUCAGCCGAAGUGGAAAAAUUGAGAAAAAAAAUUAAAGUACUGCAAUCACAACUAAAUCGAAAAGAGAAGAUAGUCUCAAAUGUCCGACAACUACUUUCGCACCUUAAGAGUGAAAGUAAAGAUCCAGAUCGACUUGAAAAAGCUUUAUUGCAACGAUUGUCCGGAUUCAAAUUGGAGCUUUUUCGAAAUGAAAUCCGUAAUAGUGCUGCUCCCUCAAAUGCCCGUAGGUAUUCUGAAGAUAUGAGAGAAUUUGCAUCAACGUUUUAUCUCCAUUCACCGAAAGCGUACGAGUUCGUCCGGACCAAGUUAAACUUGCCUCAUGUAGCAACGUUACGGAAAUGGGUAGAUACUCAGGGAAAGCAGGAUUCGUAGCCAGUGCGUUUGAAUAUUUGGAUAGACAAAAUUGUGAGAGAGAGAAAGACAGAGAGAGAGAAGGCUUCAAGACUAUGGGUCAGCUGUGAAAAAAUUGAAUUUAUCAAUUUACUCUUAGAUUUAACAAUUGAUUUUUAUGUAUUCUAAGUAGUUUCGCACAAUAAAAAAAAAUAUUAAACACCCAAUCAUUCAUCUUUUCAUCCAUGGCAUGUCAGGAGAAUACAGAAAUGCUUGUACAGAAACUGCAGCUAUUGUCUCCCAAAGGUCUCCCAUGAUUAAAAUAUAUUAAAGCAAAAGGCGGAAAACCUUCCUCCAUCAAUAAAGUUCUCUCAAGCCCUUCCAAUCAUUACAGAUUUGUCACUGCAGGAUUUCUUUAUAAACUAUGGCAGGCUGUUAUUAACUUCCGACUGCCCGCAGGGCCAUAAAGACGGGAGUUAUCGAUGUUUUCAUCAUAAUUUUUACGAGAUUCUUAAAUAAAAAUAUUCAAUGUUUUUCAAAUAAAAAAUUUGUUAAAUCCAUCUUUCAUAUUUAUGGUUGGUUCUCGCUGUCAUUCGAUUUUCUGCUGGACUAUACGAACAAAGAGAGAUUCUAUCUCUCUCGUUCCCGAUGGCAGAUCGAGAGCACGGUCUGUAUAUUCGUGAAACAAGAGCACACGCUUUCUGUAUAGCUAUAGCAUUAUAGCAUAAGAAAUUUCGACCGAUUACAAAUUACAAAACUGUGUUCGCUACACCCAGCCAGCUAGGCUACACUUCAUUGGUUCGACAUUUCGAACGCGAUAUGCGAGUGUAUAAACCAUAUCGUUGGUGCCUUGGUUGGUGCGUUGUUUAUACGACCCUAAUGGGCUACAGUUCGACGAGGUGGUCAACCCACCUCGCUUUUCUCUCCAGUCUGCGCAUGCCUGUGGUAGACGCAUUUGUUAUUGUACAGUCCAAGUCCAAACAGAGAAUUAUUUUCUAAUGUACGUUCGUUUCACAUUUGAAGUACAAUAAAAAAUAAUUGUUUCAUACGGUGAAAGUUGUUUGUUUUGCCGAACGAUAAGACAAAAUGGUUUGUAAGUGUUGCGUUGUUGGAUGUAAGUCAGAAUGGAACCCUCUCUCGCCUGUAACUUUUCAUAGUUUCCCUUGGAAAGACAAGGCAUUAUGUGAGGAAUGGAUGCGUAUUGUACCAUCUAGAACGACGGUUUCAAAACAUACCAAGGUUUGCAGCAAACAUUUCAAAGAAAAUUCUUUCAGCUUGAGUAGCGGAAAGACCUUUUUGAAAAAAAAUUCUGUUCCAACAAUCUUCCCACACCGUAUACUACAAGAUUUUCAGAUCAAUCAGCUGUUAAUCAAAAAUGGCUCUUCAGAAAACACUAGCUUUGAGUACGAAACAGCUGAAACACAUGUACCAGAAUGGACUGUACAUCAUGAAGAAGUUAUUGAGCAAUCGGAAGAAGACAGAUAUACAGAAGAAGCUGACAUUGAGUAUGAAACAGCCAUAACGCGUGUACCAGGAUUGUUUUUCCAUCAGCAAGAAGCUGCACCAAAUAAAGAUGUUGCUGUACAAACGAUAUGGUAUCGUACACCUCCAUCAGCCGAAGUGGAAAAAUUGAGAAAAAAAAUUAAAGUACUGCAAUCACAACUAAAUCGAAAAGAGAAGAUAGUCUCAAAUGUCCGACAACUACUUUCGCACCUUAAGAGUGAAAGUAAAGAUCCAGAUCGACUUGAAAAAGCUUUAUUGCAACGAUUGUCCGGAUUCAAAUUGGAGCUUUUUCGAAAUGAAAUCCGUAAUAGUGCUGCUCCCUCAAAUGCCCGUAGGUAUUCUGAAGAUAUGAGAGAAUUUGCAUCAACGUUUUAUCUCCAUUCACCGAAAGCGUACGAGUUCGUCCGGACCAAGUUAAACUUGCCUCAUGUAGCAACGUUACGGAAAUGGGUAGAUACUCAGGCAAAGCAAGAUUCAUAGCCAGUGCGUUUGAGUAUUCGGAUAGACAAAACUGCGAGAGAGAGAGAGAGAGAGAGAGAAGGCUUCAUAGACUAUGGGUCAGCUGUGAAAGAAUUGAAUUUAUCAAUUCACACUUAAGAUUUGGCGAUUGAUUUUUAUGUAUUCCAAGUAGUUUUGUAUAAUAAAAAAAAUUACACAUCCAA